AAAAGAACUUCCAUGUUAUUUAUUCAUUUUCCUUCGACAGUCUUAAUUUCAUGAAUGAUUGUUGUUGAAAGAAAUAAAGACCGAAACUAGAAAUAAGUUUGAGGUGAUAGUUAUUAAAUGUUUGCUUACUACUACAACUACUACUACUACUAUUACUACUACUACUACUACUAUCAGUAAUACCAAGUGUCCCACCUAUCGCCGCGCUGCCACCACGACGACCACCAUCACCACUUGCUACUACUACUACUGCUGCUGCUGCUGCUACUACUACUACUACUGCUACUACGUUUUGGUGUUGUCACAGUAGUAUUUUUUUUCCUUUUUUUUUCCUUCCUCCCUUUUUUAUUUCAGUGUGUUUAUCCUUUCUGUAGGGGCCACAUGUUGACAGAAUGGAGAGUAAAAGACAACGGCCACGAUCGAACAAGAUCGAAUUCAUCCUCGGAGGUUUAUCCUCGUCAGGUGCAGGGAUUUUUACUAAUCCCCUCGAGGUAGUCAAAACCCGCAUGCAACUGCAAGGGGAACUAAAAGCGAAGGGCCUGUACACUGUUCAUUAUCGUCACGUGUUUCACGCUUUUUUCACCAUUGCUAGAAACGACGGUAUUCUUGCAUUGCAAAACGGUUUAGUCCCUGCACUCUGGUACCAGUUUUUCAUGAACGGUGUGAGACUGGGAUCCUUUCAGAUUUUCGACAAUAUGGGUUUUACUAGAGGCAAGGAUGGCAGGGUUAGUUUCCCUCAAAGUGUUGUAGCCGGUGCCCUAGCUGGCUGUAUUGGAGCCGCUGUUGGUAGUCCCUUCUACAUGGUAAAGACCCAACUCCAGGCUCAAGCAACCGAAGUGAUCGCCGUAGGCUAUCAACACAAACAUUAUGGCUUGAUUCAGGGAUUAACUAAUACUUACAGAGACUUUGGAAUAUGUGGUUUGUGGCGAGGUGUUAGUGGGGCCCUUCCCAGGGUCACGAUAGGAUCUGCUAUUCAGUUGUCAACAUUCUCCACAUCGAAAGCUUUCAUUGUCAACACAAAGAUCUUCCCCUCAAACAGUUGGCUCAAUGCUUUACUAGCAAGUAUGAUCAGCGGAGUGUUAGUAACAAUGUUCAUGACUCCAUUUGAUGUUGUUUCCACUCGUCUGUAUAACCAAGGUGUCGAUGCCAAUGGUCGUGGCUUGUAUUACUCUGGACCUUUGAACUGCUUUAGCAAGAUCUUCAAGUCGGAGGGUGUAUGGGGUUUCUAUAAAGGAUGGGGGCCAUCCUUUACCAGACUUGUUCCACACACAAUAUUGAGUUUAGUCUUUUGGACUGAAUUUCGAAAACAUUAUUUUUAUUAUCAGGAAAUAGCAAACUGAAGGAUUAUUCCGCAGGGUAUUUGUGAUUCAAAGAUCAUGGGAUGGAAUAUACUCAGAUAUCUGUACAUACACACACAGGAGCAUACACACAUGGAUAUACAAUUAUAUAUAUAUAUACACAUAUAUAUAACCAGCCGAAAUUGCAAAGAUAAUCUGGAACUUGACUGAGGAAAGAAAAUUACGAAUGACCCGUCCUUGUUUUCUUUGUAUCGUCUGCCUGGAUGUUUUGUUGUCCCUCUUUUGUAUCACCUAACUGGAACUCAGUCGAGUUCCAGAUAUAUAUAUAUAUAUAUCUUUGCAAUUUCGGCUGGUUAUAUAUAUGUGUAUAUAUAUAUAUAUAUAUAUAUAAUUGUAUAUCCAAGUGUGUAUGCCCGUGAACAUCUUUGUUACUUAUUUACUCUUUAUUCACCUAACUUUGAGCUGUGCGGACUAUACCGGACUGACUUGGUGCCUCAACUUAAGUACCUAAUUCAACUGAAUCUUAAUUAUUUCAUAUAUAUAUAUAUAUAUAUAUAUAUAUAUAUAUAUA